GCUCUUCAAGUAGACUAGACCGAUUGUGCCCAGCGAUCCCCCGACCAGCGGACAAAAUCUUCCACAGCAUUGUGCAACCGUUAAUUGAAAAGGCAUUUGCAACUGUAACUCGUUUGUGGCCAUAGAACAGGUGUAUGUGAUUGUGUGCCAGUGCAGGCAUUAUCGAGUAUCGCGCCCUUGCCCUUUCCACGCGCCGCCCGCUAUCCGAUCUAAUCCGGCCGACCGUAACGUUCUCGAAGCUUUCGACAAGCGAUCGGGGUAACCAAAAAAAACGCGUGGUCUCCGCCAAACCAUAUGAAAUAAUCAGCAGCAAAAAAUAUAGCGAGGCGUAAAAAAGAAAGGGGUAGCAGCAGCAACAACAACAAUAAGAACAGCUUUACCAAAAGGAAGACGCAGUUGAACAAAAGGUGUACAGUGUUUGUGUCCGCGAGUGGAGUGUGUUUGUGUGCCAGUGUGCAAAGAAAGCAAAACAACAGCAAUAACACAUUAAUGAAUUUCGUGAUUAAAAACAUUUCAAAAGGUACAAAAAAAGCUCAUUUAGUAUAAAAAUAAGAAGGAGGCAAAAGCAAGGAAAGAACCGAACAGAAAACAAAAAUUAAAUCAAAUCGCUGCGGGCGCCAACAACAAACGUGGCAAAAAACUAAACACAAACAGAAAAGCUCUACAAGCAAAACGAAAACGAGAGCGAGAGCGAACGCUAAUGAGUGGGAGAGAUAGUGUGGGAGAGCAAAAGAGCGCGAGAAAGAGCACCAGCAGAAGCGACUGAGCAACGGUUAAACAAAAACAAAAACGAAGCCAGAACCCAAAACCAAAGCCAAUUGCGCACGGAACCCGACGAACCAUACAACCAGUUGGCAAUACGGAAGAAGUUAACUAACAAUAAAUAUACAAUCAAUACGAUAUAUAACCAACAUCGGCAGUAGUGCAACGGUUAUUUGGUAGAACUACCAGAAAAUGGUCAACAAAUCCAAUGGGAAGGUAGUGGGGCAGCAGAAGGCGGACAAGGAUAAGGAAAGGCAGCCAGAGACCAUGGUGCUGCCGGCGGCUGGCACCAACAGCAACAAUCAGACGACACAAAUCAACAGCAACAAAAGCAAAAAUCCAAAUGUCAAGAGCAACAACAAUAACAGCAAAAAGAAUCCUGGCAACAACAAGGGACAACAGCAGCCGCAGCAGCAGCAACAGCAACAGCAGAGAAGCAACAAAAAGGGCAAACCCCAGAGGCAACAGAUCUUCCUGCAGUCGCUGCCACGCGACACCAGCAACUACAGAAGCUACAACCACAGCAACAGCAACAGCAACAAUAGCAACAGCAAAAGUAGCAACAUUCUGGUCACAUCUGCAACAACCGCAAAUGGGGUGACCAAAGUGAAUCCCGCCGAUCUUCUUACCGCCGCUCUGGCCGUGCCCUGUGCCAAGUGCUCGAAACCAUCGAUGAUCACCCCCCUAACGACCGCCUCCACCUCCACCACCACCUCUGCCGCCUCCACCGCCACCAUUGCCUCCUCGUCGGCCUCGACCACAUCCAAUUCGGAGACCGCGAGCAAUCACAGCGAACUGAGCUUUCCCGAGCCGAUGGUCUACUCGGCCAAGCAGUACCGCAAAUCUAAAUCCUAUAUGGGCGUCUCACAGUACAACAGCUCAGGCUACGGUUCCUAUCAGAAUUCCUCGGGACGGGGAUCGAAUGGAUCCGGAAAUCAUACAACCUACAGACGAUCACAUAGCGAUCGACGAAACUCAUUUGAUCGCACAUUUGCUGAAAGGAAUCGCGACUUUGUCCCCAUUGUACCACCGCCUCGACCCGUCCUCUCAUCCUCAAACAUUGCCGGAGUCAUGGCCAGUUCCACCAAGCUGACGCUCAUCGAACGUUUCGGCAAAGGACGACUCGCGUAUCCCAUAAUGCAGUGCGGGACACUAGACGGAGCCGAACAGGUAUAUCAUCAGCAGCGCAGCAACAGAAUGGACGUCUACCAGAUUGACGAUGGAUUCCACUCAGAUGGCGGCACCGAGACACCGCCUCCGUCGCCCAGCUCGGGCUCUUCGAUAGCCUCGACCUCGGAUCAUGGGUCGCUGGAGAGCGUGGACACCGGGGGAACACAGCGCCUGGCCGUCCUCUCGUUCGAGCAGGUGAGCAAGCUGCACGACGUGAUGGACGAGAAGGUGGCCAUACAUGGACGCGGCAACUUUCCCACUCUGGAGGUGACGCUCAAGGACCUGGUCAACCUGGUGCGUCGCAAGCUGGAGGCGGAGGUGAACGCCGGCGGUGCCGGAGUCUUAGUUAAGGACAUCCGCCUGAACGGUGGGGCAGCUAGUCAUGUUUUAGCCAGCGAGGAUCAGCCAUACAAUGACCUGGACCUGAUAUUUGCCAUCGAGCUGAGUACGCCGCGCAUCUUCGACCGGGUGAAGGUGGCUGUGCUCAACACACUGCUCGACCUGAUGCCCGAGGGCGUCUGCAAGCGGCGCAUCUACACGUGCUCCCUCAAGGAGGCCUAUGUCGGCAAGAUGGUCAAGGUUAACAACAACAAUGACGGCGACCGCUGGUCCCUCAUCUCGCUGGGCAACUCGCCGGGCCACAAAAAUGUGGAGCUGAAGUUCGUCGAUUCGAUGCGGCGCCAGUUCGAGUUCUCCGUGGACUCGUUCCAGAUCGUGCUCGACUCGCUGCUCCUGUUCUACGACUGUGCCGCCCUUCCCAUCUCCGAGAACUUCUACCCGACGGUGGUGGGCGAGUCCGUGUAUGGAGACUUCCAGGAGGCGCUCUACCACUUGCAGAAGAAACUGAUCUCAACGCGCCAGCCAGAGGAGAUCCGCGGCGGCGGCCUGCUCAAAUACUGCAACCUUUUGGUGCGCAACUACAAGGCCGUCGACUCGCAGCUGAUCAAGACAUUGGAGCGGUACAUGUGCUCGCGCUUCUUCAUCGAUUUCCCGGACAUCAACACGCAGACCACAAAGCUGGAGGCCUACUUGCGCAAUCACUUCUGGGGCGUCGACGAGGAGCCCCUCCAGUAUCAGUACCUGAUGCAUUUACGCGAGGUGGUCGAGAUGUCGACGGUCUGCCUGAUGAGCCACGAGCGGCGACAGACGCUGCACCUCAUCCAGUCGCUGGCCGCCCAGGUUCUCUACAACAAGCAGGAGAAGCAGCAACAGCAGGCCCAGGAGCAGUACCAGCAGCACCAACAGCGGCAGCAACAGUUCCUGGACUCUGCGCAGCAGCAGCAGCAACAGACACAAGCGGCGCAGCAGGGCACAACGCUCACCCUGGUCUCACAGUCGCCGCAGUCGGCACAGGGACAGACCAUAUACGUGCAGCAGGCGGCCCCGCCCACGGUCUGCUGCACAAGCAGCAGCGAUCAGUCCGCGGCAGCAGGCCCACAGACCAUCCAGACCAUCCAUCCGGGCCUCAUCUAUGCCAACGGCGUCUACUAUGCACCUGUGAUUCCCAGCACCAUUUGCACGUGCAACUCCACCUGGCUGAGCACGUGAUUGGGGCAGCAAACCCAACAACACCAGCACCAGAAGCAGCAACAAAAGCAUCAUUGGUCAGAGAAUGCAUCGGGAUCAACAACAACAACAACAUCGCUCUUGGCUGAAACUAAACUAAUACCUAAAGCACCAUUACCAACCCCAUCUCCAUCGUCCCCGCUCCCACCAAGCAUCCAGAUCCAGAUCCCGACUAACAACAGCAAGGGGAACAACUCAACUAUAGAUAAAGAGGGAUGCCUGAAGACACCAACCACAACCAUGACAGGGAUGGAUAAGCCCAUCAACGAGUCGCAGGAUACAACAGCAGCAGCAACAACAGAAGCAGUAGGAGGAGGCGGAAUGACAGGCAUAUUGGUAGUCACCACGGAGCAGAUUGUAGGUGUACCCGUCUACAGCCGGGAGGAUAGCAAGGAGACGGGCACCUACAGCGGACAGUUUGCCUUCUUCUAUCCCCACGAUGGAUCGCCGCCCAGUAUGCUGCUGCUUGGCGAGAACACCUAUCUGAAUGUAACCGAACAUCAGGACUAGGAGCACGAUCUAGAGCAUUUUUCUAAGCGAAGGUGCAGGGCAACCGGUUUUCCUUCAUCUCUGUGCCCUUAUAUCUAUAUCUGUACUACCCACUGUUCCCUUCUUAUUCACACUCACCACAAAACAAAAAAUUAUCCUUUUUCAGACUGAAGUCUAGCCGCUGUUAGAUGUUAAUCAGGGCCACAAAAAAAACUAUUAAAAAAAAAAACAACAAAAAAAAGGCUAUAAUAUCGUAAAAAAAAACACAAAAAAAUAUGUUUGGAUCUAUAUAGAGAAAUUUCGUAACUAUUUUGUUUUCCUUAUUUCCCGCUUUCAUUCAUUUUCUUUACUUAUUCCUCUUUUUUUUUUUUGAAUAAAACAAUAGAAAAACCCGAAUUUGAAUUGGAAUUUCUAUGUACGGCCCACAUCAUGCCCCUCCCCCACACGCCCAUAAAUUUUGAAUAGACAAACACUUACAGACAUAAAGUACAUAUAAAUAUAUAUAGCCUGUUAUUUGUACGAUUAAAUUGAAUGACUUUUUGUAUGACAAGUGCAGGAGGAGUGCAGGAGGAGUGUCGUCGGUUCCAGUCCAGUAGAAAUUCCAAGCAAAAGGUCCAAGUGCAGGCAAAACAACGAUGAUAUGAUGAAACAAGUGAUGAGAUAAUAUGUAAAUAUUAGUCAAAUUGAACUGUCGAUUUCAGAAAGGGAGAAUGAUAAUGAUAAUGAUGAGAAUGAUGACUGGGAUGAGAUAUAAGAGAAGGAGAUGAUGUAUUUAACAGACGGAUGCUCAUCAGCAUCAAAAGAAUUUGCUCAAUGAAAUUCAAUUCACAAAAAUUAAUCAAUAACCAAUACUGUAAUCAAAAAUCAAACGUAAAUCAACAAAAAGAAAAUCUCUAAACAGAUGAGAAUGAGAAAAGAAAUAUAGAAUGUCUGGAAAGAAUGUCAUAUUUUGUAGUAUAUUUUUUGCAGUGUGUGUCAGGCAGCAGCAGCAGCAUAUGUGAGUGAG